CAGCAGACGUGGGAUGCUUGCGGGAAGAAGUCGGAGUGUUUGUGAGGUUUAAUUCAAGAGAAGGAAACGUUUAAAGAAAACCUCUGUGGCCCUGUGGUCUCAGUGAAACAGCCACCAUGAGGCUGAUGGUCAGAAAAUCUUCAUCUGACUGCUUUGUUCUCACUUUUCUCAUGUUGCUGCAUUGCUUGCACGUAACCAGCGUUCUUGGCCAGAAGUCUGAAGGCGCCUUAACUGUGGUGGAGAACACAGCAGGAGGAGGAGGAGGAGGAGGAGGCGGUGCUGAUGAAGAAGAGGAGGUGAAGGUUGUUGACGAUGAAGAGGAUUUCGAGGUCGCCCAGCCGACUGAGCAGUGGCAGACGCUCAGACCAGGCCAGGCAGUGCCAGCUGGUUCCCAUGUGAGGCUGAAUCUACAGACAGGAGAGAGGGAGAUCAUGAGACGCCUGCUGGACCAGUUUAACAGCAGCAACUCUACGACGGAGCAGAGACUUGGCAUCCUGCUGGAGCUGGAGUACAUGGUGCAUCAGGUGGACAACGCUCAGACGCUGUGCUCAAUGGGGGGUCUUCAGUUCAUUCUAGAAGGUCUGAACAGCUCUGACUUCAGGUUCCAGGAAAGGUCUGCCUUUGUCCUGGGAUCUGCUUCAGCCAGUAAUCCAGUGGUUCAGGUGAAAGCUGUGGAGAGUGGCGCCCUGCAGACCCUGUUAACCACACUGGCCACUGCACAGCCGCUCAAUGUCAAAAAGAAGGUUCUGUUUGCAGUCGCCUCCCUCCUGCGUCACUUCCCCUACGCACAGCAUCAUUUUCUGUCACAUGGUGGGCUGCAGGUCCUGUCAGAGCUGUUCAGGGCUGAUGGAGGUGGAAUUCUACGUACACGUAUUGUCACGAUGCUGUAUGACAUGAUCAGUGAGAAGGAACUGAUCUCCCAGGCGGGUUUGGAUCCAGUCCUGGAUGCCUCCCAUGAGGAGCGGGUGCGUCAGUACUCCAAAGUGUCCCUGCAGGGACAGCUGUUAGAGAAGGGCUGGUGCAGUCUGGUUCCACAGCUGCUGGAGUCCACUGAGCAUGACUACAGAGAAAAGGCUCUCCGGGCUUUGUUGGCCAUGGCUCCUGUAUGUUUGGAUCACUACCGUUCAGACGGCGCUUUGCUGGGCUCUCUGCUCUAUCUCAGAGACCAGUACCAGGAAAUGGUUCAGUCAGAAAUGAUUCUCGGAGAAGAGAACAGCUACUUUGCAGAGAUUAUAGAACUAAUAGAUGCGCUGCAAGUCAAAAUGAAAUGACCAGAAGAUUGUACAUGGACAUGUUCUACCACUUCUUAACCACUCCUCAAGUACAGACGGACAGUUCUUCAAACACGAGUGCAAAUUAAGGACAAGGAUCACAUCUGUGAACACUUUAAGCAGACCCAGUAGAUGAUCUCUGUUCUCUGUUUUGAGCCUCAUUGCCUCCUCUGCCAUCUUGUUUGUGACCCAAAAAUCUUGAAAGGUGUUUUCAUUUUUGAAAUGCACCUUGAGGAGAGAGGAAACUUGAUUAGGAAUGCAGAGGUGUACGCUCAUAUCCUUUGCAGAAGUUUCGUUGGCAAACAUUAUUUAAUUGAUGUCACUUGAAAACAACAGCUUUGAGGCAAGGAUGCAUAAUGUUGUUAAAUUUCUGUUCACCCGACCCUCUCUCCUUGUGUCUCUUGCUCGCCACCUCCACGAGCAUCUCAGGUGGGUGGAACUAAGGUGUGAGAAUAGUGGCUGAGAAAAGGAAUCGAUGACAGAUAAACUUAAAAACCAGAAGAUUGAUACGACCAGCUAAUUUCCUUGAUUGCCUUUGAACCGUUUGCAGGAGUGGAGGGGAUUGGAGAUAGAUUUAUCUUUUUAAGAUUGUUGUGGGAAAAUAUUUUUGUUGUUAUUAAAAAAUAUAUUAUUUUAAAA